UAUGGUGAGACUGGUUCAACAGACAUAGAGUCACUUCAGAUUGACAAGGCUGCUAUCAAAGAGAAGAUAAAGGCUUAUAGUACUUGUGACAUCUAUAACUUUGAUGAAACAGCACUUUUCUAUGCUGCCCCAUCAAGAACAACAAUUUCCCGCCAGAAAUUUUCUGGUUGGAAGGAAAAUAAGAAGCGACUUACAGUAGGCCUUUUGUGCAAUGCCAAUGGAACAGACAAGUGGUCUGACAUAUUGAUGAUUGGUCAUGCAAGAAGACCAAACUGUUUUAACAAAAACAACAAAAAACAAGAGGCAGUAGAUCAUGGAUUUUCUAUGUAUUAUUACAACAGUAAUGUCUGGAUGACACAAUCAAUCUUCCAUGUUUUUCUCUGUCACUAUGAUCAUUCAAUGAAAGCACAAAACCGCAAAGUGCUUUUGAUCCUCGAUAAUUUCUCUGGCCAUAUAGUAGAUUAUGCGCCUACAAAUGUUGAGCUUCUUUUUCUGCCUCCAAAUACUACGUCCCACCUUCAGCCAUUGGAUGGUGGUAUCAUUCAGGCUUUUAAGACUUAUUUCAAGUGUAAACAGUAUGGCAAGGCAUAUUAA